CAAUUAAAGAGAGAAUUUGCGAAAGCAAAGGCUGGAGCAGCUGAUACGGGCGCUAGUCUCCUGACAAGUUCAGAGUCACGGCUUGAUAACGUGGUUUUUCGGUCAGGGUUGGCUAAUACUCUCCGCUUUGCUCGCCAAUUAGUUGGUUACAAACAUGUUUUGGUUGAUGGAAAAAUAGUCAAUAUUCCUUCCUACAAAAUAGAACCCGGGCAAAUUGAUGCUAGUAAAUUAAGACCGGGAACAAAAGGACUAGAACUGGAAAUCGAAACGGAUACUUUGAUGACUUCGCUGACUGGCUCUUUAGAAAAAAUUGCUGGUGGUCCCAUAGUUGACGCCCCCUUUGAAAAACUAGUUUUUAUUUUUCAAGAUAACGCCGAACAAGAACUUUAUGAUGCUCUUUUAGAUGAUAAAAACCAAUCUUUUGAAUUAAGUUUUGAUAAAGACAAAGUUUGA